ACUAUAUACAAAUUAGAAAGAAAUAGAUUUUGGUUCCCUAUUUCUCUUUGCCCUGCAACUCUGCAACGCCGCAAGACCGUAACCCUCACUCCUACCGGCGGCGGCGGCUGUUAUCUCUGUCAUAUUUCGCGGCGUCUCUAUCUCAAAACAUGAGGAAGCAGAAGAGUGGGGGGUUUAGGAGGCCUGUUGUCAUCAAGAACCAUAAGCAACCACAGCAGCAGCCAACUGUGGAUCCUAUCACAGGGAAGAAGAUCCCUAAGAGUUUUGUGUUUUCACGAGGGAAGUUGCCUGCUCCUCUCAAGCAGCUUCAGAUGGACCUCAGAAAGUUGAUGCUGCCAUAUACUGCUCUUAACCUCAAGGAAAAGAAACGGAAUAAUCUGAGAGACUUUCUGAAUGUUGCUGGACCUAUGGGCGUCACACAUUUCCUCAUAUUGUCAAAAACUGCUACUUCACCUUACUUGAAAGUCGCAACAACUCCGCAAGGACCUACUCUUUCAUUUAAGAUACAUGAAUACGCAUUGGCUGCUGACGUUGUUCGAUCUCAAUUGCAUCCUCGAUGCCCUAAAGAUCUAUUUAAAAAUUCUGCUUUGAUUGUGCUUUCUGGAUUUGUGAGUAGUGAUUUACAUCUAAAGCUUACAACAAACAUGUUUCAGAAUAUCUUUCCAACAAUUGAUGUCAAAACUGUUAAACUCACCUCUUGCCAAAGGAUAGUGUUGCUUAACUACAACAAAGACACGAAGCUCAUUGAUUUUCGGCAUUAUUCCAUAAGAUUACAACCUGUAGGUGUUUCACGCAGAUUAAGAAAACUUGUGCAGAGCCAUCAGGUGCCUGAUCUAAGGAAUCUCCAUGACGUGAGUGAUUUUGUCACAAAGGCUGGGUAUGGAUCAGAAAGUGAAGCAGAUGAAGAAGCAGCAACAGUGACUUUGUCUAGUGAUAUUGGUAGAGUUAACCGUGCUUCCACAAAAAGUGCAGUCAAACUUCAAGAGAUUGGUCCCAGGAUGACUCUUCAACUAGUUAGGAUCGAGAAGGGACUGUGUUCCGGUGAAGUCCUCUUCAGCGAAUAUGGAAAUCCUAGUGACAAAGGAAAGGGUGAUGAUGAGAUGCAGGACAGCGAGGAUGGAGAAGAUUCUGAAGGUAGUGAAGAUGAAGAUCAAGAUGGAGAAGAUCCAGAGGAAGCUUCUCUUGAAGAUGAUGAUGAACUUGAUUAGGAACAUGGUGGUAAUGGUGUGUAGUAUUCUAUAAGUUUAUGUAGUAGCUCCAUAACACUACAAUAACUGAAAGGGGCCAUCGGAAAAUUUUCGUUAAGUAUUCCGGUGGCUGUGGAGUGCAGCAAUUCAUUUGUUUAUGUUAAACUAUACAAAAUUUAGAGUAACCUCAUUCUAUAAAUUGUUAUUUUCCCGUUUUGAAGAGCU